GUGCGCUUCAUCUCCCUCCUCCCGAAACGAAGAAUGCUCUCGAGAUCUUCCGCAUCCCAGUUUCUUUCCACCGACGACGACGACGACGAUUUUCAAGUUCCCCCAACUCAAACUCUUUCAGCUUCCAUUAAACCCACCUCACACAAGAACCCCCUCAAGCCCUCCAAUACUCCCCGCCCUCCUUCCAAGAAACCUAAACGCCCUGAUAACCCACCCGGAAAAGAAAACGCUGCCGUUAUCGCCAUUCCGAUAACCCGAUCCAAUGAUCAGCCCGAUCUCGAUGAAACCUGCAGCUUGGAUUUAAUACCGUCCAGCAUCAAUUGUAGUUUUAAUUUGACUUCAGCCCAAGAUAGGGAGUCUGAUUAUGUAAAAUGUGACGAAAAGAAAAAGGAGUUAUUGGAAUUGAAUAAGGGUUACUUGUGUAAUUCAGUAGAGUCGAGAUUAAUAAGGCCGAGAUCAGAGUUAAGCGAGGAGUUCGGAGAAGAUUUUGACGAAGAUAAUGAGCUUGAUGCCUUACUUAAGCUAUGCAACGACGUAGAAGAAGAAAAAGAAGAAGACAGUGGAGAUGAAAAGGAAAGUAAUGUUCUAGACAAUAGUCUAGUUCAAUGUCCUCUUUGUGGAGUUAAUAUUUCGGGUUUGAAUGAAGAGCACCGACUGGUUCACAUCAAUGAUUGUCUCGACAAAGUGGAGAAUCCUGGUCAAAAUGUUGUUUUUCCUCCUAGUGUUGACAGGGAAUUUCAGUGCGUUCCUGAGGUUGUUGAUGGUCCCCCUUUGUCUCCUCGACAAGUUGUUGAUGUCUCCCCUGUUGUUAAAUGGCUAAGUAAUCUUGGUUUAGCAAGAUAUGCUGAUGCUUUUGUCCGAGAAGAGGUUGAUUGGGACACUCUGAAGUGGUUGACUGAAGAGGAUUUGUUCAGCAUUGGUGUUACUGCACUAGGCCCCAGGAAGAAGAUUGUGCAUGCUCUUAGUGAACUCAGAAAAAGCUACUCCUGUGCAGCUGAGAGGCACAUGGGUCAUCCCAGUCAUGGAAAUGGAUCAGCCAAAAGCAGCAGAGCAAAGACGCAAACUGAGAUUUCUAAUUUUAUAGAUGACGAAACUACUAAGCCAGCUGCAAACAAGUUAAUUACAGAUUUUUUUCCUGGCUUGGUUUCUGACAGGAAGAAAGUUUGCACCCCUCCAAGAGGACAGCAUAUAUCAAGCAAAAGUCACUCAGAUCCUGGUCGUAGACGUGUGCAGACAAAUCAUGUUAAAAAUGGAAAACUAAAAGAUAUUCCUGCAUGGUGUUGCAUUCCAGGAACACCAUUUCGAGUGGAUGCUUUCAAAUAUCUUCGAGGAGAUUGUUCCCACUGGUUUCUCACACACUUCCAUAUGGACCAUUAUCAAGGAUUAACAAGGUCUUUUCGUCAUGGUAAGAUUUACUGCUCCUCAAUCACAGCACAGCUUGUAAAUGUAAAGCUUGGAAUACCAUGGGAAAAGUUGCAAGUUUUACCCCUCAACCAAAAGAUCAAUAUUGCUGGUAUUGAGAUAACAUGCUUGGAUGCAAAUCACUGCCCAGGAUCCAUCAUGAUACUCUUUGUACCACCAAAUGGUAAGGCUGUUCUACACACAGGAGAUUUUCGCUUUUGUGAGGAAAUGGCAAGCAUGUCUCUUUGGCAUGCUUGUCCUAUACAUACUCUCAUCCUUGAUACAACUUACUGUAAUCCUCAGUAUGACUUCCCAAAGCAGGAGGCUGUAAUACAGUUUGUCAUUGAGGCAAUCCAAGCAGAGGCUUUCAACCCUAAGACACUUUUUCUGAUUGGCAGCUACACAAUUGGAAAGGAAAGGCUUUUCUUGGAGGUUGCUCGUGUCCUUCGUAGAAAGGUUUACAUCACUGCAGCAAAGUUCCGUCUUUUGGAUUGCUUGGGUUUCUCUGAGGAAGAUAUGCGGUGGUUCACACUUAAUGAACAGGAAAGCCAGAUCCAUGUUGUCCCUAUGUGGACACUUGCAAGCUUCAAACGAUUGAAACACAUAUCUAACCAAUAUGCGGGUCGAUUCAGUCUAAUAGUUGCUUUCUCUCCUACGGGUUGGGCACUUGGUAAGGGGAAGAAAAAGGCUCCAGGGAGAAGGUGGCAGCAGGGUACAAUCAUCAGGUACGAAGUGCCAUAUAGUGAGCAUUGCAGCUUUACAGAGCUCAAAGAAUUUGUGAAAAUUUUAUCUCCCGAAAACAUAAUACCAAGUGUGAAUAAUGAUGGACCAGAUUCUACCAAAGCCAUGAUUUCCCUCCUGUUGCCUUGAUUUGUACUCCACUUGGUCUGUCAAGUAGCACCUGUCUUUUUCUCCUGUUGUGCAGUAGCUCUGUCACAAAGUAGAGAGGGAUGAACAUCCGAUUUCACCUGUAUUAUUCUGUACUAAUGGAUUUUGUAGGCAGUGCAAUUUGAUGUAA